GAUAACAAUAUUACUUCAUCAUCAGUCUCCGAGAGUUUAAUAAUUAAAGGUUGAUUUGAAAAUAACUACGUCCAAAGGGUUUACAGACUACUGUCGACAUCUAGCGUAAAUAAGAAAACAACGUUGUGUUGAAUUUAUCGCCAUCUAUCGCCCUAACGUGAAAUUACAAUAACAUAGCUGGCGAGGAGUGAAUAGAAAACGACUGAGACUAUUGAGUGAGCAGUGUUACGAACAGAUUAAAGAUGGCGCUCUGUACGGUUGUUGCGUGCUGAUUGCUGCGCUGCCCCGGUAGCAAAAACGGUUUUAAAUACGUUAGAAUUAAAUAUAAAAAAAGUGUCGUGUCAAACAUAGACAAAUUGUUGACACACACUAGUGAUAUGAUAUCUACGAAUGUAAAUUUAAUGUCUAAUUUCUAAGUGAUAUUAAUGCUUCAGUGAUUUUAAUCAAAUCUUAGUAUUUCUAAAUUAUCCAGUCACGUGCAAUGGAGCAUAAUACAAAAGAAACAUCUAACGACAAAAAAUUGCUCAACAAAGCCAAAUCCCAGUACAAUGAACAAUCGAAAGCUUCAUGUAAUCCUGUAAAACAUAAAUCAUUUAAUAUGAACGAAGCUGUUAGAUCCCUGGAUAUUGCGUUAGGCAGGUUAAAGAAAAGUAAACUUGUGAAUGGCGAAUGCAUAGGAAACAAAAUUUCAGUGUGUCCCGGCAGAAGUGGAGCUGAUAGCAUGUUCAUAGAUAGUCCUCAAGUAAACAUGUCAGACGUGGAAAACACAUCGGUAAUUUCUAUGGACUUUUCGCAUUACGAGCUCCUGCGUAACGUUUCAGAAAUCAAUUGCAAUUCUGACGACACUCUCGGCAAUACUACGAGUAAAACAUUUUCUAGCCUUUCCGACAUUACUUCAAAAGAAGAGCAAUUGGAACGAUAUUUUCGGAGUGCUGAAAUUUGGAACAGAAAUCGUAAAGAAGCCGGUUCUAGUGGUCUUCGAGAUAACUGACAAUGUAAACAAACAUGCACAGAGACUUGUUAAAUAAAAAUAUACUAUGAACGAUUAUGAAAAUUUUAUUUAUUUAAAGAAAUUUUACAUUAAUAACAG